UUUUGUUUCAAGUCUUUUAUUAACUACUACUACUACUUUUACAUCAAUAAGCAUACUUGAAUGAUGAUUGAAUUAUUACCUAAUGAGUUACUCGAAACAGUUCUUUAUCAUCUCACUUAUGAAGAAGUAGAAACAUUAUUAGAGUCUAUUCCUAAGGAUACCUAUUCAACAUUAGCACAACGAAUUACAGGUUACCUGAAACAUCAAUACCCAUUUCAAACUGCCCUGUCUGUCACUAUACAACAAUUUGAGCAAACAUGUUUAAGACAACAGCAAGAUACCCAUCAUCAUACAGCUCAACAAUUAUUAGCCUUGAUUUGUGAACAAGCUGAACCUCUUCCACCUUAUGAUCGACGAUCUCGAUUUACUGAACUUUUAGACAUCGUGCAACGGUUUAUUUUACAGCGUGUUCUUUAUUUAACUGAACAUUUUGUUGCAUGUCAAGAAGGGUAUGCACGUUUAUGUUUAUUAAUAAGAGAUAUUUAUUUGCACACUCCUUCUAUUCGAGUUCUUCAUGAUCCUAAAUAUAGAAGAAGAAGUACAAAAUAUCCAUUAGCCCCCUUUUUACCAAGAGAUUAUAGUUACAUGUGGCGAGAGAAUUGUAAUGAAAAACGACAUCAAGGAUUUGCAUUAUUUUUUGGGCGUUUAUUUGAUGUCACUAGUCUUUAUUUAGAAUCCAAUUUAGAAGGAACAUUUGAAGAAUGUAUAAGAGAAGGAUUAGUGACAGGACAUGCAGAAGAUGUCUUGAUGCUUUGUGUAGCAGCGAAUCGAGAAGUCGAUGUAGAAGGAAUGUCGAUGAUGGUCUCACUAGCAGGUGAACAAUUAAGACAUUAUUUAGAUACAAUGGAACAUUGGAUUGCUGAAGAUCCUACACCACAACAAGAAUUAAGGAUACAACAACAACAACAACAAGACAUAAUAACGACAUCAUCACCACCACCUGAUUGGCUAAUACCUGAUAGAUAUAGAGUCCAUCCAGAUACUAAAUUUCGAUUAAAGGUAAGAAAAAGAAAGAAAGAAAGAAAGAAAGAAAAAAAGAAAGAAUGAAAAAAGAGUGAUUCAAGUGUGAUGGUUAUUAAGAUUACAAUCAUUUAGUUAAUGAGUCAAUUAUAUUAUAAUAAAGGAUGGCGUUGGUUUUAAUAUUAAAUGCUUGUUUGUUGAUUAUGGACUGUCGGCAUUAAAAAAAAAU